AUGCAACAACAAAAAAUAUUCAUCUAGCCAGAUUUUAUUUUCAUCAAAAGGUUCUAAAGUAGAAAAUGUAUGCACAUUUUACCUCUGAAUAACAAAAUUACAAGCUAACUCCAUUUAUUUUUAACAUUCCUAUUAUUGUAAUAAAUUUUUCUAAGAUUAUUCCAAUCAAACAAAUUUAUUGUACUUAAGCGCAAUUUUUGUAAAAAAAACCAAUUUUAUAAAGUAUUUUUGUCUGAAAUAAAUAAGUGA